UAAACCAAGCGGGAUUCACAUAAACCAAGCGGGAUUCACAUAAACCAAGCGGGAUUCACAUAAACCAAGCGGGAUUCACAUAAACCAAGCGGGAUUCACCCCUGGUUCCUUUCCUCUUGGUUCCCUCAAUCUCAAUUCAACACCAUCGUAAUGCAAAUUUUAUUACCUAUCAUCUUCGUGAUAGCGAUAUCCAUCGCGACUGUCGUGCAAAAAUGGUACUCGAACAGAACAAAAUUACGAGGCUUGGUGAGUCCCUCAUGUGCGAUGAAGAUGAAGUGAUCUGACCGUCUUAGCCUCAACCACCUCACUCAAUGCUCUGGGGGCAUCUCAAGGUCAUGGGUCAAGUCCAGAUGUCCAACCCGCCACGAGCUGCGGCACAGACUCUAUUCUACGCGCUUCGUGAGAAAUAUAACCUUCCAGACGUAUUCUACCUGGACCUAUGGCCGAUCACCGUGUCGUACAUGGUCAUCAUCAACCCACAGGUCAUGAACCAGGCCUUUGGCGUGAGCAAAGGCUCGCAAAGUCUACCGAAGCACUUCAUGGUGAAGCGAUUUAUGGAGCAAGUCGGUGGAUACGAGGGUAAUCUGGUCUCCAGUGAAGGCAUUCAAUGGAAGAAGUGGCGGGCAGCUUUCAACCCUGGAUUCAGCUUGACACAGGUCAUGAGCUUGGUUCCACAGAUUACCGAAGACGUUGUGCGAUUCCGCGAUAUUCUGCUUGAGAAGGCGAAGAACAAGGAGCUGUUCCGUCUUGAGCAUGAUACCACUCUCAUGGUUGUAAACAUCAUCGGCAAGCUCGCCAUGGACCACGAUUUUGACUGCCAACGAAAGUCAAACAAGUUUAUCGAUGCUCUGCACAAUCAAGUGCAAUGGAUCAAGAUUGGUGUCCGGACACGACCGUCGGAGGCGUUUGAUCCUCGGAGACCGUACAUGUUCUGGAAGAACAACCGGACCAUGGACAAAUACAUAGGCGACAUCCUCGAGGACAGAUUUGUGCAGUACAAGUCUAAAGGAAAGCAGAAGAAGAUUGCCAUUGACUUGGCGCUGGAGGCGUACAUGAAGGAGGAGAAGGGCAAGACGAUGGAGCAAACGACCAAGCUGGACAAACAGUUCAAGGCAGAAGCGAUUGAACACAUCAAGGCAUUCGUGUUUGCCGGGCAUGACACGACCAGCUCGACGAUCUGCUACGCGUUCUACAAGACGAUGCAGAAUCCAGAGAUUGCAGCCAAAGUGCGAGCUGAGCAUGACGCAGUGCUGGGACCGGAUGUGUGGGAUGCGCCGAACGUCAUCGCCGCUGAACCGCACAUCCUGAACAAGCUAGACUACACAUUGGCGGUGAUCAAGGAGACUCUUCGCCUCUACCCGGCAGCCAACAACCUUCGCGAAGGAAUCGAGGGACAGAAUCUGAAGGAUCCGGCGACCGGGCAGGAAUACCCCAUGUUCAAGCACAUGGUGGUAUGGCCAGUCAACGUGUCGAUGCAUCGUGAAGAGCGAUUUUUCGGACCGCGGGCGAAUGAGUUUCUUCCCGAGAGAUGGCUGCACCCAGAGCGGGCAGAGUUUGAGAUGGACAAGGAAGCGUUUUUCCCGUUUUCCAAGGGCCCCAGGAAUUGUAUCGGGCAGGAGCUGGCGAUGCAAGAGAUGAAGAUCAUCAUGGCAGUGUGUAUGCGGGUGCUCGAUGUCGAGAUGGCUUAUGACGAGCUGCACAAGCUGGCAGAUGAUGGCAGCGGAUACCCAGGCGACACGAAGGGCGAGCAGUUUGGAGACGAAGCGUAUCAGGUGCAGGUUGCGACAGCAAAGCCCCGCGAAGGCAUGCCGGUACGAAUCAAGGCGAGGGUAUGAGAGCGAAGUGACUGUGAUUAGAAUGAUGAGAUGCUGAUAGAAUAAGGGCGUGGAGUGGGAUGGAAACGGAAAAGUGUAGGCAUAAUAGUGUAGAACAGCAUGACUUGUAUCGCGAAUUGCACUGGAAAGCGUUUGGCAUGGAUGUAGCCCCGCCUUUUUUACAGCAUGGGAUGGAGUUUAACGGU